AGACAUUCAAGACCACAGUUUAGAAAAGAAACACAAACUGCGUUUAGCAUGUCCACGCUUGAAAACGAGGUGACAUUCCGCCAGCAGACACAGCUCAAUCACAAUCUGGAAUCGCAGUUUAGCAACAGCUCCACGGAGUUCAUUCUGCUGACAGAUCAUCGCACCUCCAAGUUCAAAAGUCUCGAGCAGCUGGAAGCCGCCAAGCAAGAGUCAAAUGAAUCGAGCUGUAGUCGCCGCUGCGACAAUAUCUGUCGCCUGAAGACGUUAAAGAGACGUCUGCCCAUUCUCACCUGGCUGCCCAAAUACAACCGUAGUGAUGCUUUGGGCGAUCUGAUCGCUGGUCUCACAGUGGGCCUUACGGUCAUUCCCCAAGGUCUGGCCUACUCGGGCGUUGUUAAUUUGCCACCUCAGUACGGCUUAUAUGGCUCGUUUAUGGGCUGCUUCAUGUACGUGCUGCUGGGCACCUGCAAGGACUGCACCAUUGGCAGCACAGCUGUUGCCUCGCUGAUGACGUACCAGUUCGCCAAGGGCUCGUGGCAGCGUUCGGUGCUGCUCACCUUUAUCACGGGCUUCAUUGAGCUGCUGAUGGCGCUCUUCAAGCUGGGCUCCCUGGUGGAGUUCGUGUCGGGCCCGGUGAGUGCGGGCUUUACCAGCGCCGUAGCGCUAAUUGUGAGCACCUCGCAAAUGAAGUACAUACUGGGCGUGAACAGCGACGGAGCCUCGUUUCUGCAGCGCUGGAUUAGCAUGCUCAAGAACAUCGGCGACAUACGCCUAGCGGACAGUUACUUAGGUGUUGGCUGCGUCGUUGUACUCCUGAUCAUGCGCAGCCUGGGCAGAAUGACGAUUGGACCAAAGGAGCUAGCGCAGCAAUCUCGUUGGCAGCGCAUUGUGAAUAAUCUUAUACGCUUCGUGGGCAUCUCGAGGAAUGCGACGGUUGUGCUGGUCACCACAGUGCUGGCCAUGCGUUUAGAAGCAGCUGGAAGGAAUCCCUUUCAGUUGACUGGCUAUAUACCGCCUGGCAUGCCAACGCUGGCAUUGCCACCCUUCUCAAUUGAGCCACAGCCUGGCAACGCCACAGCCGGCAUUCCAGCUAUACCUGGCCAAACAUUCCUCGAGAUGGUGCAGGACUUGGGCUAUGGCUUGAUUAUAGUGCCGCUGAUAGCGCUGCUCGAGAGUGCAUCGGUGUGCAAGGCCUUUGCCAAGGGCAAGCCCAUCGACAUGACCCAGGAGAUAUUCGCCACGGGCAUGGCCAACAUAGCCAAUUCGCUCUUCUGCGGCUAUCGCAGCAACAGCGGCCUGGCUCGGUCCGCCAUCAACAAUGCCAGCGGCUGUCGCACCAGCAUGUCCAACUUUUAUAUCGGCCUCGUUGUGGUGCUUGCUCUAAGCUUCCUCACCGAAUACUUUUGCUUCAUACCACGAGCUGUGCUGGCGGCCAUACUCAUAUCGGCGGUCAUAUUCCAAGUGCAAUACCAGAUCGUAGUACCCAUGUGGCGCAGCAAACGCUCUGAUCUGUUGCCUGGUAUGUUGGCCUUUGUCAGCUGCCUGGUUCUGCCCUUGGAGAUUGGCAUUCUGGUGGCCAUUGCUGCCAAUCAGCUGUUCAUACUUUAUCACUCGGCACGGCCCAAGGUCAUGGUGGAGCAGCUGGAAACGGAGCAGGGCAUUCAGUUUCUCAAAAUAACGCCCGAUCGCUGCCUAAUCUUUCCCUCCGUUGAGUUUGUGCGUAACAUGGUGAUCAAGUCGGGCAGCCGGAGCUCAUUGCCCAUUGUCAUCGACUGCACGUAUAUCUAUGCCGCCGACUUUACCGCCGCCAAAGUCAUCUCUUCAAUGGUCGCCGACUUUCGCGCCAGGCAGCAGAAGAUCAUAUUCUUCAACCUCAAGCCCAGUGUGGCCAGCAUAUUCGAGGGAUUGAAUACCCGACUAGUGCUAUGCUAUAAUACGUACGCACUCAAUCAGGAACUGAGACCUGAUCAAGUUCUUUCCCCUUCCUUGGAUUCGCUGGACAAAAGUCCGGGCACCGAUUGCGUAAGCAUGGCCAGCACACUUUCUUUGGCCAAGAGUUGAGCUAACAAGCUGGCUAUUACUGUAUAUAUAUGUAUAUAACUAUAGCUAUAAUAUGC